CAUCCAAUAUCCAUCUGUAGUCACCAUGUCGGGAUCGAAAAUCGUCGGAUUCUCUCUGCCGUCCAAAAUCGUUUGAUGGUUUUUUCGUUGUUUUUUCAUUCAUUUCAUUCUUGUUUGCAUCGCGCUCACCGUUUGUCCAGUGUCGUAACGAUAACAAUAAAAUUAAAGUAGGUACAAUACGUACCGUUAUUCUGUAUUUUUAUGAUUGUUUGAUUUUCGUUUUGUUUUUGCGCCUACGAAGUUGAAAUAGACUUAAUGUGAACCAAGGAUAACCUAAAGGAUUCUUGAUAGUAAUUUGGAUUAGACGAUUACAAUGAGGGCGUAUUUGUUGGCAACGGCAUGUGCGGUCUUCUUGAACAUGGCUUUAGCUGUUUUACCGAACAAACGUGAUGCAUCAUCGUAUUCUCAAUUACUUCAAAUUCCCUUUCAAAGUCAACCAACGGUUAGCAUAUCAUCAAUGUAUACUCCAUCUAGUACAUCUGGAAAUGGACAAUCUUUUGAUUUUGACAGUUUUAACGCACAAGACAUCCAAGGUGAUUCUUCCCAAGCACAGUUGCAAUCAUUACAGAAUUUUGGACAGCCUCAACAAAAAUCUCAACAAGAUUAUAAUAACCAACUACAAUUACAACAGGUGUAUGCCUCAUCACAACCUCAACCACAGCAAAGCUAUAGUGCUCAAAUACAAAGGAUAAUACAAGGGUAUAGUGCUCCACAACAACCACAACAACAGCCACAACAGUCACAACAGCGACCUCAACAAGGUUACUUACCACCACAACAACAGCAACCAUCAACACAACCACAACCAAGCUAUGGAACACCAACACAACAACAGCAACCUUCAUCACAACCCCAACCAAACUAUGGAACACCAACACAACCACAACCACAACAACCAAUACCACAAACUCAGCCAAGUUAUGGACCUCCACCACAACAACAGCAACCACAACCACAGUCAAGUUAUGGACCUCCACAACAACAACAACCAUCACCACAGCCUCAGCCUAGUUAUGGACCACCACAACAACAGCAGCCACAGCAACGACCACAACAAAGUUACAACACACCACAAUUUCAGCAAAGUUAUAGCCCUCCUCCACAACAACAACCAGUGUCACAACCCCAACCACAGUCGAAUUAUGGACCUCCACCACAACAACAGCAACCACAACCACAGUCAAGUUAUGGACCUCCACAACAACAACAACCAUUGCCACAACCUCAGCCAAGUUAUACACUACAGCAACAACCUCAGUCAAGCUAUGGACCACCAACACCACCACAACAACCUCAGCCAAAUUAUGGGCCUCCACCACAACAACCAUUACCUCAGCCUCAGCCGAGUUAUGGACCACCACAACAACCACAACAGCCAUUACCACAAUCACAGCCAAGUUAUAGUCCUCCAUUGCAGCAACCACCACAGACAAAUUAUGGUUCACCACCACAACAACCCCAACCAUUGCCACAGCCAAGUUAUGGACCACCACCUCAACAGCAGCAACCGCAAUCGAACUAUGGCCCACCACAACAACAGCCACAACCAUUACCACAGCCCCGGCCCAAUUAUGGACCACCUCAACAACAACAACCAUUGCCACAAUCCCGACCAAGUUAUAGUCCACCUCAGCAACAACAACCGUUACCACAACCAAGUUAUAGUCCCCCUCAGCAACAGCAACCCUUGCCACAACCUCAGCCAAAUUAUGGACCUCCACCAUCACAACAACCUUUACCACAACCACAACCAAGUUAUGGACCACCAAUCCAACAGCAACAACCAAUACCACAACUCUCACCAAACUGUAACCAUCCACAGCAGCAACAACCAUUACCUCAACCACAGCCAAGUUAUGGAUUGCCUCAACAACCACUUCCACAGCCACAGCCUACUCAAUCUCCAGUAUCAUAUGGUGCCCCAGUACAAAGUACUAUAGCUCCUCAACAAAAUUACGGAAGUCCAAAACCAUCCAAUACUAAUAUUCCUCAAUCUAAUCAACCAACUGUAGUACAGUCGAUCAGUUUUGGAAUACCAUCACAAUCGUUUAACACACCAAGUCAACUAUUGGGGAUGUCCCAGAAUCAAAAUGGGUAUUCUUAUAGCCCUCCCGCUGUUCAGCAACAAAAUAAUCAGUUUCAAGGCUAUUCUUACAACCAACCAACUCCAAGACCAAAUCAACAGCCACAACAGCCACAACAGCCACAACAACCCAAGCAGCCUAGUUUUACCUACACUACAUCUCAAACGCAACCUCAAAAUAUACCACAGCAAGUUGGUUAUUCAUACAAUCCACCGCAACCAGCCACACAACAAAAUAAUGCAAAACCCCCCUCAUCAUCGCCACCUCAACCCUCAUAUGGCAUACCACAGCAGCCUCAAACUUCCCCUCCGUCAAACAAUUAUAACCCUCCCAAGCCGCAAGCCCAACCACGACCACAGGGCAGUUAUAUUUAUACCGGUGUUCCUGCAACGAGUACACCAAGACCGCAGCCGUCUCAGCUAGGAUACAGUUACAGUCCAACUCAAAUUCAGAUUACUCAGGUGCAAUUUAAACCACAACAGACAUCAUCAGGGGCAGGAGGGUACAAUUAUAACCCCCCAUCAAUACCGUUCGCAACGCCAGCAUCACAAGCCAAUCCCCAGUCACAAUUCCCAUACAGCGGGCCGACGCAAUCGCCUUUGCCGACGUUUACGACGUCUUCGCCCACGCAAACUUACAGCGCGUCUGCGAUCUCACCUUCGAUAGUGUCAUCGAACGGACGGAACUUGAACUACCAGUCGUCGCAGCUUAACGCACAACCGAACGGGUCGCCGUCACAGCCUUCCGGUGGCUAUUUGACGCCGAAACCGGGCCAGUCUAGUACACAUACCCAAUCAGCGGGCUACGGGACGCAAACACAACAGCCGACGCAAAUACGAUUUGAUGAAUUUGCGGCUCCGCAGUCCGAAUCACAGCCGCAACCUGUAUACGGCUGAGUAAAUUCUGACUGGUACCACGAAUGGUAGCGUGCGUACAUAUAUGGAGUUCACCAUCUAGUCUACCAAUGUCACUAGACUGUUUAAAGGAAUAAUUUUUAUCAGCCAUAAAAAAAAAAAUGUUACAUAUUUAUAGCAUUUAAUGAA